AUGAAAAUUUUAAGUUGGAACUGCCAAGGGCUUGGCAACUCUUGGACAGUUAAUGCUCUCCGGGACUGGUGUUGGAGAGAGAGGCCAAAUAUCGUCUUUCUGAUGGAGACGAUGAUCGAUGCUGGCAGACUAGAAAGGAUACGUAAUAUAUGUGGCUUUGUCAAGGGUGUUUGUUUAAGCAGUGAUGGUAGAUCGGGAGGGAUGGGUUUUUGGUGGCGUGAUAUUAAUGUGGCUACAGGUACCUAUUCGGCUCACCAUUUUAUAGCUGACAUUCUGGAUCAAAAUAAUUCACUUGCAUGGAGGGCGGUUGGUAUCUAUGGAUGGCCAGAACAGGAAAAUAAACAUUUGACGUGGACAAUGAUGGAGAGAAUAAAAGCUAGCAGCUCAGUUCCAUGUGUAAUGUUUGGCGACUUUAAUGAAAUUUUGAGUCACUCGGAAAAGGAUGGUGGCCCCCCUCGUUGUGAACGUGUUAUGGAUGCAUUUCGGGGUGCUAUUGAUGGAUGCGGGCUACGUGACCUGGGAUACAAAGGCAGUAUUUUUACAUGGAAAAGGGGUACCAACCCCACAACGUAUGUACGGGAGAGACUUGACAGGUUCUUAGCGGAUGUUGAGUGGUGUUCUGCGUUCCCGAACUAUAGUGUUAGACACUUUGUCAGAUACAGAUCAGACCACGCUCCUAUUCUCCUGUCGACCUCUAACUAUUAUGAAAGGGGGCGAAACGAGAGGCUUUUUCGGUUCGAGGCAUUAUGGUUGUCGAAACCAGAAUGCUGUGAGGUGAUUGCGCAUGCAUGGUCCGGUAGUGCGGGGGAGGGGGCGGCUAGCCGAAUUGCGAGGUGUGCUGAGAGUCUGUCGGAGUGGGCAGCCAGUAGCUUUGGUAAUAUAAAGAAAAAGAUCAAAGAAACUGAAAGGAAGCUGAGAGUGGCACAAGCUCAGUCCCCAGACUCGGCGAUGAUCAGUUUGUGUAAUAUGCUGUCAGGUGAGUUGGAUGAGUUACAUAAACAGGAAGAAUCAUAUUGGUAUGCACGGGCCCGGGCAAAUGAACUUCGAGAUGGAGAUAAAAACACAGGUUUUUUCCAUCAAAAGGCGAGCCAACGGAAGCAUUACAACACGAUAUCGGGCCUGCUUGAUGAGGGUGAUGUUUGGCGUUCUAGGAGGGAGGACGUGGAGGAAUUAGUGGCAUCCUACUUUGGCACUUUGUUCACUUCAGAGGCUCCAUAUGAUUUUGAGCAUGCAAUGUCAGGUAUGGAUACAUUGGUAACACAGGAAAUGAAUGUUGGGCUUGACACUGAGCCGACCGACGAGGAAAUCAAAGCGGCAUUAUUUCAAAUGCACCCCAACAAAGCUCCGGGGCCGGAUGGUAUGCAUGCUUUGUUUUUUCAGAAAUUUUUGCAUAUAGUAGGGGGCGAUAUUAUCAUGUUUGUGAAGCAGUGGUGGAGAGGAUUAAUUGAUCUUAAUGAGGUAAAUAAAACUUGUGUGGUCUUGAUUCCAAAAUGUGAGAACCCAAAACGUAUUACGGAAUUUAGACCCAUAAGUUGUUGUAAUGUCCUCUAUAAAAUUGUUUCGAAGACAAUGGCUAACAAAUUAAAGCCUUUGCUAGGUGACAUCAUCUCGGUUAAUCAGAGCGCUUUUGUGCCGAAAAGAUUGAUCACUGACAAUGCGCUUAUUGCUUUCGAAAUUUUUCAUGCCAUGAAAAGGAGAGGUGAAGGGAAAGAUGGGUCGGUUGCGUUGAAACUUGACAUGAAAAAAGCUUAUGAUAGGGUUGAGUGGUUAUUUUUAGAGAAAGUGAUGUAUAGACUGGGGUUCAGUGAUAAUUGGGUUCGUCGGAUCAUGGACUGCCUUUCCAGUGUAUCGUUUGCGUUCAAAAUUAACGGACGGAUUUCAGGGUCCGUCACACCGUCAAGAGGUCUUAGACAAGGUGAUCCUAUCUCUCCAUAUUUAUUUCUCAUUGUUGCUGAUGCUUUUUCAACUUUAAUUGCUAAAGCUGCUCGUGAGAAAUUAAUUCAUGGGGUGAAAAUCUGUAAUGGUGCUCCGAGGGUGUCACAUUUAUUUUUUGCCGAUGAUAGUAUAUUGUUUGCAAAAGCAACUGUUAGAGAAUGCUCAGUGAUAGCUGAUAUUAUCAGCAAAUAUGAGAGAGCAUCUGGUCAAAGUGUCAAUCUUGAUAAAACAGACGUUGUUUUUAGCAAAUGUGUGGAGGACAAUCGGCGACAAGAAAUUGUGACUACAUUGGGAGUAAAGGAGGUGGAGAGGCACGAAAAGUAUUUGGGGUUGCCUACAAUUAUUGGUAGAUCGAAGAAGGUCAUAUUCGCAUCAAUUAAGGAGAGAAUUUGGAAAAAGUUACAAGGUUGGAAGGAGAAACUAUUGUCUAGACCCGGGAAGGAGGUUUUAAUCAAAGCGGUAGCCCAAGCCAUUCCUACAUAUAUGAUGAGCAUUUUUAAAAUUCCAGAUGAGUUGUUAGAUGAAAUUCACUCCAUUAUUGCUAGCUUCUGGUGGGGAUCAAAUGGCACGGCCCGGAAAAUGCAUUGGUACUCUUGGGAAUCACUAUGCAAACCAAAGGCUAUGGGAGGUAUGGGAUUUAGGGACCUUAAAGUGUUUAAUCAAGCCCUCCUUGCAAAGCAAAUGUGGCGCCUACAGUCAGACACCUCGUCUUUUCUUCAUACUGUUUUGAAGGCCCGGUAUUUCAAGCAUGAUUCAGUGCUAGAUGCUCGUAGAGGCUUCGAUCCGAGCUACUCAUGGCGUAGUCUGUGGGGGUCUAAGUCCCUACUUCUGGAGGGUCUUAAGUGGAGGGUAGGGAAUGGUGCAAGUAUCAAUGUAUGGGAGGAUGGAUGGAUACCAGGAAAGUCGACGGCCCCGGAGCCUAGAUCAUUGGAAGCUACUGGAAAUAUUGCUACUGUGGCAGAUUGCAUAGACCAUAAUUAUAGGGUAUGGGAUGAGCGCAUUGUCAAGGAAAAUUUCUCCGAUAAUGAUUGUAAGUUAAUACUCCAAACUCCGCUCUCUAUUUUUCCGACGAUUGAUCAAAUGUACUGGAGUCCUACAAAAGAUGGAGUGUAUACAGUAAAGUCUGGCUAUUGGGUUAGGAUUUUGGGAAGGCAACAAGCUGAAAGCAAUGACAAUAUUGAUCUGUGGCGUCUAGUGUGGGGUUUAGGCGGUCCUCCAAAAUUAUCUCACUUUGUGUGGCAAGCUUGUAAGGGAGGUAUGGCUGUUAAGGAGGUUCUUUUUAAGCGUCAUAUUGCUCAAGAUGAACUAUGUCCCUGCUGUGGCGUGGAGGUUGAGUCCAUAAAUCACGCCUUACUCGAAUGUGAUACGGUGAAGGUGGCGUGGGAGACUAGUAAGUAUGCAGACCUGGUAGAGGCGGCACCCACGGGUUCUUUUGCUUCUAAACUGCAAUGGUGGGCGAGUAAGACCGGGGCAAAUGAGGUGAGAGAAAUUAUGGCUAUAGCAUGGGCAAUAUGGUUUUGUCGUAACAAAUAUGUACAUGAGAAGGAGACAAUGAAUGUACAAAUAAAGGCUGCUAGUUUCCUUAAGCUAGUUGAGGAUUAUCGUACAUAUGCUAAACAAGUUUUUCACUCCUCUCCAAGCAAUGUAACACAUACAUUGUCAGCUUCGCAGUGGAAGUGUCCGCCUAGUGGUCUUGUGAAAGUGAACAUUGAUGCGCAUGUGGUUGAGGGGUCUUAUGUGGGACUGGGUGCAGUGAUUAGAGAUGUGCAUGGGAAAAUAAUUAUGGCAGCAGCAAGGAGACUUGAUAUAACCUGGGAUGCGUCUAUAGCAGAAGCGGCAGCAGCUCGUUUUGGUCUACAAAUUGCCCAACGUUUUGGCUACAAUAGCGUAUGGCUCGAAGGUGAUGCUAUCAAUGUAGUAAAGGCGGUCGAGAAUGCAAGUGAUGGUUUCUCUCCAAUAUUCCUGAUUUAUGAUGACAUUAGUAGGUUGUCAAAGUCUUUUGAUAAUUUUAUAUUUUCUCAUGUAAGGAGGGUCGGGAAUACAGUCGCUCAUCUGGUGGCAAGAUGGGAUACGAAGGGUUAUCCUGAACUCGUUUGUAGCUGCGAUGGGUUCAAUAGCAUUUUCAAUGGAUCUGGUUUGAAUCAUUCAGUUGCUGGACAAGAAGCAAGAUUUUCAGUUUAUCUGAAAGAUGCUUAUCAGUCUCCCAGUCCAGUAGAGAUUAGAAUGCUUCAAGUACAAGUUGCAUGUGUAGAAGAAUCAUAUAUGGUAUUGCCUACAGUUUAUCCUCUUGAGGAAUCAAAUGAUUUGCAGGAUGAUGAUUGA